AUGCCCCAUUUUCCCAAGGAUUCCGGGUUCAUGGCCCAAGAUGUAUCCAGCACAAAGAAAGCUGUCACAGUCAAAAACCGUCGCAAGCGGUAUCUGGACUUACAUCCAGAAUACUUUUCGGCGGGGCUUGAGUUAGCCGACCCAUUACUAUACGAUCGCCUCAUCCGCCGAUUCCAGACAGCCCAAGAAAGGGAAGCCGAGGGACGAGCAAAGGGGUUCUCGGGUGUCCUAGAGACUGAUCUCAUGCGCUCUGAAGCCAAGAUGGAGGCGAUCUCACACCCGGAUCCCAACGCCAUGAUGAGCUACACUCGCGGCCCAGAUGGGGAGAUCCUCGCCGAGGACCGUGAUGAAAUACCCCCAAAUAAGGAGGAAGGCGAGCGGCUCUGGCGGUGGGAGAUGGGACUGCGUUUCAUGCAGGGCCAUGACUCUGAUUUCGAUUACAAUACCGUUGAUAAGAAUGAGGAUUACGAUGAUCACUCGGAUACGCAAGACCAGUAUUUCGAGGAUGAGGAGCCUGAAUGGGUGGUUGACGAUACUCGGGGGGAUGACGCUCGCCCAAAUCUACAGGGUGAAACAGGUAUUCAGGAUUUUUAG